UCCGCCCGCCGCGGAGGAAGAUCCAGGUCAAGAGGGGCGGCCCGGCCCGCCAGCCCGCCUUUUACAAAAAAGCCGGUCGCGCUGUCCCGCUGCGCCGGGCCUUUUUGGCGUUCUGGCGGGGCCUCCUCCCGUCCCUGCCGCGCAGCCGCUCCGCCCGCCAGGGUGCUGAGGGGACAGAGGAGCUGCGCGGCCCUUCCGCUCCCCGGGGGGACCCGCGAUCGCCGUUCCCGGGGUCGUGCCGGGCGUGAGGAGCGAGAAGGAUGGACAAAGCCGCUGGGGAUUUGAAGCAAGCGCUCCCAAACGUGUGCGACGGCGUUCAAAUACACGUGGAGGUUCAUCAGAAAUCGAGCAGUGUGGCCAAGAAAGAAGAUAUCAGGAUGAGUGUCUUAACUCUGUUGAACAGACAUAACAUUGUGUUUGGUGAUUACAAGUGGACAGAGUUUGACGAUGGUUUCCUUAACAGCAAUGUGCAAUCUGUGUCGAUUGUGGAUACGGAUCUGAAACUGAAAGACAGACAGCCUAUUGACUUGAGCAAAAGCAGUCUUUCUCUUCAUAUUUUUCAUCUGAAUGAAGAAGGACCAAGCUCUGAAAACCUGGAAGAAGAGAAUGAGGAUAUCAUUGCAGCUAACCACUGGGUGCUACCAGCAGCUGAAUUCCAUGGCCUUUGGGAAAGUCUCAUAUAUGACACUGAAGUAAAAUCACACUUGCUUGAUUAUGUGACGACAACAUUACUCUUUUCUGACAAAAACGUUGACAGCAACCUGGUAUCGUGGAACAGAGUUGUUCUGCUGCAUGGCCCUCCUGGAACUGGGAAAACCUCUCUCUGUAAAGCAUUGGCUCAGAAGCUGACAAUUCGACUGUCGUACAGGUAUAGGUAUGGACAGUUAAUUGAGAUAAACAGCCAUAGCCUUUUCUCUAAAUGGUUUUCUGAGAGUGGCAAGCUUGUAACCAAGAUGUUCCAGAAGAUUCAAGAGUUAAUUGAUGACAAAGAUGCUCUUGUAUUUGUACUGAUUGAUGAGGUGGAAAGCCUCACAGCAGCCCGCAGUGCCUUCAGGGCAGGCACAGAGCCUUCAGAUGCUAUUCGUGUGGUGAAUGCUGUGCUGACACAAAUAGAUCAGAUUAAAAGGUAUCCCAAUGUAGUUAUCCUGACUACUUCAAAUAUUACAGAGAAAAUUGACAUGGCCUUUGUAGACAGGGCUGACAUAAAGCAAUACAUUGGACCUCCAUCCACUGCGGCAAUAUUUAGAAUAUAUCUUUCUUGCUUGGAAGAACUGAUGAAGUGCCAAAUAAUAUAUCCUCGACAGCAGCUCCUGACCCUCAGAGAGCUAGAGAUGAUAGGCUUCGUAGAAAAUAAUGUGUCACGGUUAAGCCUUGUAUUAAAAGAAAUCUCAAGAAGAAGCGAAGGUCUUAGUGGCCGGGUCCUGAGAAAACUUCCUUUCUUAGCACAUGCGCUUUAUAUUCAAUCCCCCAGUGUUACAAUGACAGUGUUUCUUCAGGCUCUUUCCCUUGCAGUAGACAAACAAUUUGAAGAAAGACAGAAACUUGCAGAAAGAAAGAAACUUGCAGACUGUGUGUGAUACUCUACUGUUUUCUAGUUGUCCGUAUUGUUAGCACUGAAAACUAUGUAUUUUUCAUACAAACUGUGCAACUGUAAAAACUAUGCAUCUGUAAAAUAGAUUGUCAACACCUUAAAAAACCUGGAAUGCCUAAUCUAAUUUUUCAAAACAUUCAUUAAUAAACAAUUAAGAAACUUUACAACAUAUUUUUCCAAAGCUUUAUUUCAAAUGCCAGUAAGAGGAUUGUAAAAAAUUCUUGCUAAAAGUCAGUUUUCAUCUUUUGCAGUUAUUAAAAGUGGGUCGACUUCUGUUCCUUGUUUCUUAAUCACUAACUUUCUAUCCUUAUAUCUUCUUUUGUAUUUCUAAUAGCAAUAGAAAUUCAGUCUUUGGAUCUGAUACUUCUGCCAUAAAUGCAAUAUUUCUUAUUGCUUCUGAAAUAACAAGAAUGAAACUGAGAAGGAUUCAAAGUGCUCAGUGAUGGCCCAGACCUUUUAUACUGAUGCCUCUUUGUCUUGAAAUUUAAUACCAAGUAUUACUUUUUUUAAUUACAUCAGAUUCAAAAGUUUAAAAUCAAGAGAUCACUUAAUUGUAUUUUGUAAUACUACCUUUUUGUGGUGUUGCAAGGUUGUGAACCAGAGUGGACCAUGUUUUCUCACUGAAGAGUAACUACAAUGUGUAAGAAAGGGUCUUUAAAAUACAUGAAGUUUCGUUUUGCUCCGUUUUAUACACAUGACAUAGAAGUUACAAAUAAUCUGUGGAGGAAAAUAUUUUGUAGUGCAAAAGCCAGGAAAUGUAUGUAUCCAAUUCCUAAAGGAACAGAGUCAACUUUUCUAUGGUAAAUACAUAUCCUAUAUAAUACUUGUUACAAAACUGUCAACUCUUCUUCUUGUAUUUUAUCUGCAGUCAGCUGAAAGAAUGAAACGGUAGGGGAGUUUCCAGAUCAGAACUUUAAUUUUUCUUAAUUGAAGAUAAAAUAGUGAGAUUUAAGUUGAUGAUAUCCAGUUAAUGCAUGCCUCCUAGCUGUUGAUAUUGGAAAUACUUUAAUGAUAGUACAUUUUGUUACUUCCUUGUUUGUAUCUUUUAAAUCAAUGUUAUACUAUACAUUCAUGAGAUAAAAGAUUUUGUUAUGAGCUGUUUUUAUUGAUGAAUGCCAUAUGUGCAUUAAAAAAUUGUACAGAA